CCGCACGCACGUCUCCCGGACGAUAUAUUCGCUCCUCCGCGGCACUCUGUUCUCGGUUCUCAGUUCUUGGUUCUAAAGUUUUUCGUUUCGGCGUCGAAAAAACACCAAAAUGUGCCACUUUGUAGGGCACUUCGCGCUUGUUUGAAACCCAUUGGAUUGUUUUGAUUUACAUGUGUCGCAGUGAAAUUUUAUUGCCGCGAUUAUCGGAGUGGGUUUCGAGACUCGUGAGCGCGCUCGCUUGAAAUUUCCGCCACGCACCCGGAAUAUUUAAACACAGGAGCUCCGAAAAGGCAUUAUUAAUGAGGCGGUGUUGAGUUGGCAGCUGGCUGCUGAAGUCGAUUCAGGACCACGAGGGAGUCCGGCCCGCUGGACAGCCGACCAGGACGCCAUCCAUCCAGCCAGCCAGCUUAUCAUUGACAGCAUGGUCACGAAUAUGUCGCAGCCGCAUUAUUGCGGCACGACGAUCGAUGAUUUCCACACAAACUACAAGUACUUCCACGGCUACUUCUCGCUCAUCGUCUGCAUUCUGGGAACCAUUGCCAACACCCUGAACAUCAUAGUUCUGACCCGCCGGGAGAUGCGUUCCCCCACCAACGCCAUCCUCACGGGUCUGGCGGUGGCCGACCUGGCAGUCAUGCUGGAAUACAUCCCCUACACGGUCCACGACUACAUACUCAGCGCCCGUCUGCCCCGGGAGGAGCAGCUGAGCUACAGCUGGGCGUGCUUCAUCAAGUUCCACUCGGUGUUCCCGCAGGUCCUGCACACCAUCUCCAUCUGGCUGACGGUGACCCUUGCCGUGUGGCGCUACAUCGCCGUGAGCUACCCCCAGCGGAACCGGAUAUGGUGCGGAAUGCGCACCACCCUUAUCACCAUUGCCACGGCGUACGUGGUAUGUGUGUUGGUGGUGUCUCCUUGGCUUUACCUGGUUACCGCCAUUGCCAAGUUUCUGGAGACUCUGGACGCGAGUGGCAAGACGAUCCGAUCGGUGCCACUCAGCCAGUACAUCCUGGACUACAACCGGGACGAGGACAUGACGGUGCAGUUAGUGUCCAGCACGACGCCGGAUGGUCCUUGGGCAGUGCCCAGUGUCUCGAUGGCGGCCAACGGAACGGCAGUUAGUUUGCUUAGCCUGACCACCACACUCCUGCCCCCGACCACAUUGACAACCACCACCAGGGGAACCCUCAGUGCGGGGGCGUCUCUGGGUGAGCGGAACGUCACCGUCUACAGGCUCUACCACAGCGCCCUGGCCCUGCACGACCGCCAGCUGAAGCACGCCACCUUCCUGAUCUACAGUGUCCUCAUCAAGUUGAUCCCCUGCUUCGCCCUGACUGUCCUGUCAGUGCGCCUGAUCGGAGCCCUUCUGGAGGCCAAGCGGAGGCGGAAGAUCCUGGCCUGCCACGCGGCCAGCGACAUGCAGCCGAUAGUCAACGGCAAGGUGGUCACGCCAAGUCAGCCCAAGAGCAGCAAGCUUCUCGAGAAGGAGAAGCAAACGGACCGCACUACUAGGAUGCUGCUGGCGGUGCUGCUGCUCUUCCUAAUCACCGAGUUCCCGCAGGGCAUCAUGGGCCUCCUCAACGCCGUGCUGGGCGACGCCUUCUUCAUCCAGUGCUACCUAAAGCUGAGUGACCUAAUGGACAUCUUGGCACUUAUUAACUCGAGCAUCAACUUCAUACUCUACUGCUCGAUGAGCCGCCAGUUCCGAAGCACGUUCGCGCUGCUCUUCCGGCCGCGCUGGCUGGACAAGUGGCUGCCGCUGUCCCAGCAGGACGGAGAGGCGCGCGGCGGAGGCAGCGGAAACGGGAUAGGCGGCUAUGGGAGGCAGCGGCUGUUGCACACAGACGCCGUCAGCAAGAGCCUGGCCAUCGAUCUGGGCCUGACGACGCAAGUGACGAAUGUCUAGCAGGAGAGCAGCGGCCGGGCGACAGUGUCGGCCGCAGCAGCAACAUCAACAGCAGCAGCUGCAGCAGCAGCAACAUCCACGGCUGCUGUGACAGUGGCAACUGAGGUUGAUGGAUGUGCCCAGGCUGCUAACGACAUCAGCCUGGUUGAAAUGUUGCACGGCCCGAAGAAGAAGGGCGAGGGCUUCUCCGGGAGCGGCAGCCACCAAGCCAGGAGGCGACGCAGCGGGAGCGGAAAGUGCAUUUGGCCCACCACCGAGUGGCUGCGGAAGCUGAGGAACCAGAAGACAAGGGAAUCCGAUACAAACAGCACUGACCAGGACGUAGAGCUCGGCCGGCGCAGCAGUGUCCUGCUAAUGGUCCUGCUCAGCACCUCCGACGAGGUCAAGGCCAAGACUAUCCUAGUCAGCGGUCAGCAGCCGGCACAGUCGGAAGUGAAGCUCGACGAGGAUGUGGAGGACGCUAUCGACGCUCUCUGGCUGUGAGAGUGUAACCUAUUUGUAGACUUAGUGACACCUGUAAAUUACAACCCCUAGAAUAAGACUACCUGUACAGACCAAUUAACGAAAGAACCGAAGCUGCCCCACAACUUUUCCGCCAGCGUUGCUUCAGCGGAUUCGAGCCCCAUCUGCUCUGGCCUCGCUCUGCUGGAAAACUUGAGGGAAAGCCAGCUUGAUAUGGCCACUGAUAAGUGAUAACAUUGACUAAGAUUCACUCUAGUUGUGUAAGUGCGAAGCGCGUCUACCUAAAAGAAACGACUUAGUUAUAGUUGAACUAUAAUUUUAAGCUUUUUACAUUGCGAUCGAUUCAGUUGGUAAG